AGGAGGAGCGCCGACGAGCCCAAGAGGCCUUCUGCCACCAGCUGGCGCGCCUCGGGUCCGCCACGGCACCGCCGCCCGCGCCAGGAGGGCCCCGCCCGCAGCAGGCUGCCUUGGGCGCCGGCUGCGCCGCGGCCAGCGGCUCCACCUUCGGCUCCGAGGUGGCCGACCUGAUGCCGGACCUCCCCCCGCCAGGCGGCGACGUGACGCCGCUGGUGGACCUGCUUGUGCAGGAGAUCCAGAGGCAGCAGGGCUGGGCCGCGGCAGGGGCGGCUCAGCAGGCAGCGGCGGCGGCGGCGGAGAGGUCCGCGGCGGCGGGGAUGGAGCAGGAGCUCCAGCAGCUGGCGGCGCGCGAGGCGCGGCUGCGCCAGGAGAGCGAGGCCGCGCGCGAGGCGGAGCACCAGCGCGUCCAGGCGUUCCUCGCCGAGGCCAGCAGGGCCCUCGCGGCGGGGCGCGGGCGCGACGAGAAGCAGCUGCUGGAUUCCGAGGCCAGGGCGCGGCUGUCGGAGGAGUGCUGGCUGCGCGAGGCGGAGGUCCACCGGCUCUCGCGGCUCACUCAGGACCUCGAGGCCGGCGCCGAGAGCUCGGAGAGGAGGCUUCAGCAGCACGCGCUGGCGGCCGAACAGGAGAGGGCGGGCGCGCGGGCGCGCGAGAGGGAGCUGCUGGACCAGGUCGGGUCCCUGGAGGCCGACGCCCGCGCCGCCCACCUCGCCGGGGCUCGCGAGUGGGGCGAGGAGGCGGAGCGGAGGCUGCGGCAGGGUGCCCUGGAGUGCGACCGGGAGAGGACGGUCGCGCAGGCGCGCGAGAGGGAGCUGCUGGACCAGGUCGGGGCUCUGGAGGCCCGCGCCAGCGCCUUCUCCGUCCAGCUCGAGGGUGUCCGCGGGGAGCGCGACGAGCUGGUCAGGGAGGUCGCGCGACUGCGGGCCGAGCUGGACGAGGUCGCGCCAGGCGGGGCCAGGCCCCUCAGGGCCCAGGUCGAGAGCCUGCGGGCGGAGCUGAGCACCGUCCAGGCCGCGCGCGUGCUGGAACAGCAGCGCUUUCAGGAGUUUCUCGGCGAGGCGAGGCCUCUGGACUCCGAGGUCAGGGCUCGCCUGCUGGAGGAGUGCAGACGCAGCGAGGCCGAGAACCGGAGGCUCUCCCAGCUCGUCCAGGACCUCGAGGCCGACGCCGAGAGCUCGGAGAGGAGGCUUCAGCAGCACGCGGUGGCGGCCGAACAGGAGAGGGCGGGCGCGCGGGCGCGCGAGAGGGAGCUGCUGGACCAGGUCGGGUCCCUGCAGGCCAGUGCUUGCUCCGCCUCACUCGCGGGGUCCCGUGAGGAGAACGAGCAUAGACACCUGGAGAUGAGGCUGCAGCGCGGUGCCCUGAGCGCCAGUCGGGAGAGGGCGGGCGCGCAGGCGCGCGAGAAGGAGUUGCUGGACCAGGUCGGGGCCCUGGAGGCCCGCGCCAGUGCCUGCUCCGUCCAGCUCGAGGGUGCCCGCAGGGAGCGCGACGAGCUGGUCCGAGAGCGUGCCGAGCUGCUGAGAGACCGCACCGAGCUGCUCGCGGAGACGCAGCGGCUGCGAAGCGAGAACGAGGCGCUCUCGCGGGAGGCCGAGUCCUUCGGAACGAGGCACGCGGACUACUGCCAUCUCCAGGGGGAGGUGGCGGCCCUGCGCGGGGCGCAGGCCGACUGCGACGAGCUCCGGCAGGAGGCCGCCAGGCUGCGGGAGCUGAGCCUCCAGCGCCAGCUGGCCGAGGCCUCCGCCGGCCACGCCGCACCGGCGGCCGCCACCGCGCCGUCCGCGAGGCGGAACGGGUGGCCGCCGCCCGCGGCGCGGGGAGCGGAGGCCCUCGCCGAGGCCGACUGGGGCGCGCCAGGCGCUAGGCCCACCUGGCGCCCUUGCCGCGCGGAGGUCGACCUUGUGGCUCUCGGGGAGGCUGCGCCCCCCGCUGCGGAACGGCAGCCCGAGCUGCCGCGCCCGGCGCGGGCGAGCGACAGGCAGAUUGGCGUGCUGCCGGCGGGCGCGGCUUGGGCGCCCGCGUGCCGCGGUGGCGCGGCGGCGGCGGAGGAGCUUCGGAGGCGGCGGCUGGCGCCCGCCGCGGCGGAGACGCCGGGGCCGCGCAAGAUCUCCGUGGACCUGCUUGGCGCGCGCGGGGGCGGCCCAGAGACGUGGCCGCCGGUCGCUCGGGUUCCGUAA